AUGGCCUCUGCUGCCAACGAUACGGAUGACUUCACCCACCACAUUGCCAUAGAGCUCUCUCGAGCUCUCAACAUCGUCAACCCGAACGACCUCCUCGCCAGGCGCGUUCAAGACAUCGCCAAGACGAACACAAUAGACAGCUUCAUUUCUGCUGCGAGAACUUUUGGCAAGUUCAAAGAUUCCUUCCUUGCCGAGCUGCAUGCAGAGAUCUUGUCGCACGAGAAGCAGGAGGCCACCGGAAAGCCAGCGCAGCCGGUUCAAGGCAUCGUCGUCCAUGACAGCGAUGUUCUCGAGCCCGAGCCGGUUAGGCAGGGUGGUCUUAUGCGUAAAGAGGUGAAACAUACCUUCCGCCAACCGGUCAAGCCACUUGCACCCCCAACCCCUCGAUCUUCCGUACUCGGUCUUGACCGUCUUGCCCAAGAGAAGCGCGCCGCCGCCGCUGCAGCUGCUGCUGGGAAUGAAGAAGGAAGUCGGAAGAGGGCUAGACUAGACGGGAUGAGCCGGUCUUUAAAGGUACGCUCUGCGCAGGUUAUCUCCCGCCACUUUCCAAUACGAGCUCCUUCCACAGUUCCGUCUCUCCCGGCUUCUCGUUCGGCUCAACUACGACAACGUGGCGAUGAAACACCAUCCCAUCCGGGAGGACUGUCGGAUAUUGCUCGUCAGAGGCUAGAAGAGCGACGACGGACCAGAGAGGGUAUCACGGCGAAGAACGAGCCUCGGAACGAUGGACCUCGCGGUCUUGGUGACUUCCAGCGACGCCUCAAUCGCGACCGACCAUACGACAGACGCGACCGUGACCGCGACCGCAAUCGGCGCGACUGGGAUGCAACACCUCGCUCAGAACGUAGCCGACGCGGAGACGAUGCGCCAAGUGUCCGUAUUCCCAACGCAUCUUGGGACGCCACUCCUCGUCGAUCUGGAUCUCCGGGGGCCAACGGGAGCGCGCGUAACCGGAGGUGGGACGCCCCGACCCGCGCCGUGGGCGACGGUGCGUUGGGUCUGGAUGCCCGGGAGUGGGAAGAGGAGCAGACACGUCUGGAUCGUGACUGGUACAUGGGUGCGGAGGAGGGUAAUGUUGUCGGCGACGAAGACUACAACCCCCUGGCGCAGUACGACGAUCUGGCGGCGGUCAAGGAGGAGCAGAUGGCGAAGAAGCAGGUCAAGAAAAUCUCGGCGCGUCAGGCUCAAUACAAUGCCGACAACGAUCUUUGGGAGGCGAACCGAAUGGUGACUUCCGGAGUCGCUACGCGGAAGGAGAUCGACCUCGACUUCGAGGACGAAUCCGAGUCAACAGUCCACGUCAUGGUGCACGACCUCAAGCCCCCUUUCCUCGACGGACGGACCGUCUUCACCAAGCAACUAGAACCCAUCAACCCUGUGCGCGAUCCCACCAGCGAUAUGGCUAUCUUCUCGCGGAAGGGCAGUGCACUAGUCAAGGAGAAGCGCGAACAGGCGGAACGUGCCAAAGCAGCUGCGAAGCUGGCCGCCCUUGGGGGCACGCAGCUCGGGAACAUCAUGGGUGUGAAGGACGAGGAAGGCGACGCCGAAGCUGAAGGGGAAGCGAAGGCAAAGCAAGAGAAGGAGGAAGACUACAAGGGCGACUCGAAGUUUGCGUCUCACUUGAAAACCACGACCGGAGUCAGUGCUUUUGCGCGUACGAGGACACUCAAGGAGCAACGAGAGUACCUGCCCGCGUUUGCGUGCCGAGAAGAGCUGAUGAAGGUCAUCCGGGAGAACCAAGUGAUCGUCGUCGUCGGAGAGACUGGUUCGGGGAAGACCACCCAGCUCGCUCAGUUCUUGUACGAGGACGGGUACUGUUCAUAUGGCAUCAUCGGCUGUACGCAACCUCGCCGUGUUGCGGCCAUGUCCGUCGCGAAGCGUGUUAGCGAGGAGAUGGAGUGCAAACUUGGCUCUACCGUCGGAUACGCCAUCCGUUUCGAGGAUUGCACGACCCCCGAGACAAAGAUCAAGUAUAUGACGGACGGUGUUCUCCUUCGUGAAUCGUUGAACGAGGGCGACUUGGAUCGGUACAGCGUCAUCAUCCUCGAUGAAGCGCACGAACGGUCCCUCAGUACCGACGUUCUAAUGGGUUUGCUACGGAAGAUUCUCUCACGUAGACGUGACCUAAAGCUCAUCGUCACAUCGGCAACGAUGAACGCUGAGAAGUUCUCCUCGUUCUACGGAAACGCUCCGACUUUCACCAUUCCCGGUCGUACUUUCCCAGUCGAAACCUUCCACUCAAAGUCACCAUGUGAGGACUACGUCGACAGUGCGGUCAAGCAAGUGCUGCAGAUCCAUUUGUCGCUUCCUCCAGGCGACAUCCUGGUGUUCAUGACGGGUCAAGAGGACAUCGAGAUCACUUGCCAGGUCGUUCAAGAACGACUAUCGCAGCUCGAUGACCCCGCUCCCCUCGCCGUCCUCCCCAUCUACUCUCAAAUGCCGGCGGAUCUGCAGGCAAAGAUCUUCGAGCCAACGGCCGACGGCCGGCGAAAGGUCAUCGUAGCCACCAACAUCGCCGAGACGUCGCUAACAGCGAACGCCAACCAACGCACCGGUCGUGCUGGUCGUACGGGCUCCGGGUUCUGCUACCGGCUGUACACCGAGAUGGCGUUCCGGAACGAUAUGUUCGAGAACAACAUCCCGGAGAUCCAGCGCACGAACCUGGCCAACACCGUCCUGCUCCUCAAGUCGCUCGGGGUCAAGAACCUGCUCGAGUUCGACUUCAUGGACCCGCCACCGCAGGCGAACAUGCUCAACUCGAUGUACCAGCUCUGGGUGCUCGGCGCGCUCGACAACAUCGGCGACCUCACGCCGAGCGGGCGGAAGAUGAGCGAGUUCCCGAUGGAGCCGAGCAUGGCGAAGAUGCUCAUCCAGUCGGUGGAGUACAAGUGCUCGGCGGAGAUGCUGACGAUCGUGUCGAUGCUCUCCGUCCCGAGCGUGUUCUACCGGCCGAAGGAGCGGAUGGAGGAGGCGGACGCCGCGCGCGAGAAGUUCAACGUGCCCGAGAGCGACCACCUCACGCUCCUGAACGUGUUCAACCAGUGGAAGGCGCACGGCUGGCGCGACGAGUGGUGCCUCCGCCACUUCCUCCACCCGAAGCUGCUCCGCAAGGCGCGCGAGGUGCGCGCGCAGCUGGAGGACAUCAUGAAGUUCCAGAAGAUGGAGCUCAUCUCGGCCGGCACGGACUUCGAUGUUAUUAGGAAAGCGAUCACGGCGGGAUACUUCCAUCAAGCGGCGCGCGUGAAGGGUAUCGGAGAGUUCGUGAACAUACGCACGGGCCUGCCGACUCACCUCCACCCGACCAGUGCGCUGUAUGGUUUAGGAUACACGCCGACGUACGUCGUCUACCAUGAACUGAUCCUCACCUCGAAGGAGUACAUGACCCAGGUCACCGCCGUCGAUGCGUAUUGGCUGGCUGAGCUCGGGUCCGUCUUCUACUCCGUCAAGGAGAAGAAUUUCGACGAGCGCGGCAACCGCCGCCACGCGGACCGCGAGUUCUCGAAGAAGGCCGAGCUCGAGACCGAGAUGGCGCGCCAGCGCGAGGAGUGA